ACCUCGGGCCCCGCCCGGAGCGGAAGGGGCGGGCCGCGCGCGGGCCUUUGUGUGCGCCGCGAGCCAUCUUGGGCUCCGUGCGCGUCCUUCUCUUCCGCCGCGCCGGCCCACGUGACGCCGCCUCGCUCCCUUUCGCCUUGUGACCUGCAUCGGUGGCAGCUCCGCGGGGAGAUCGCGGCGACCCCGGAAGCCGAAGAUGGAACUGUUGACAUUCAGAGACGUGGCCAUUGAUUUCUCUCUGGAGGAAUGGGAAGACCUGGACUCUGCUCAGCAGAAUUUGUAUAGGGAUGUGAUGUUAGAGACCUAUGGAAAUCUGGUCUCCCUGGGUCUUGCUGACUCUAAGCCAUACAUGAUCACCUGUCUGGAGCAAAGCAAAGAGCCUUGGAAUGUAAAGAAACAAGAGUCAGUAGUAAUCCAUCCAGCUGUGUCUUCUCACUUUGCCCAAGAUAUUUCAUCAGAAGUGGGUAUAAAACAUUCAUUCCAAACUAUGACAAAGGGAAGAUACAGUAUUUGUGGCCAUGACAGCUUACACUUAAAAAAAGAAUGGGAAAGUGUAGAUACUGAGUGUGAAGGUCAGAAUGCAAGUUAUAAUGGAUGUAACAAAUUUGUGACAACUAAAGAAAGCAAAGACUUCACUGCCAGCAGAGAUCAACAACAUAUGCUAUCUCCAAAAACACCUGAAUUUAUGCCUCAGCAGUGA